AUGCAGCAAGACAGCAAAAACCUUAACCCAGUCCCUUACAACGCUGAAUAUGUGGGUCACAAGUUACACAUUGACCAAAAUGAAAAAUUGGUCAUGUUUGGAGUGACCCAUGUCAUGGCUAUUGAUGGGUACAGUAAGAAGAUUGUUGGGCAUUCAACAAUGCCCAUCAAAAACAACAUUAUAAUUUAUGAUGAAGUGUACAGGCCAGCUGUGAUGUCCUACGGGAUAUGGGACCAAGUGCGUGUAGACUGUGGAAGGGAGUUUUUCUUGAUCUUAUUUGUCCAGGAGAAGCUGGCUGCAUACCGCCACAACAAGGAAAGGCAGCCAUACCUUCAAACGCCAUCGACCAGGAAUCAUACAAUUGAAAGGAUGUGGUUAGAAGUAAAUCAAAGGGUAAAUUUUCCCCUGAAGACUGCGCUUGUUCAGAUGUGUGACCAGGAGGAAAUUUGUUUGGAUGACAGCUUGACAAAAUUCUGCACAUCCAACCUAACAUGUCACAUAUCCCGAAUUGGCCUCACAAAUUUUGUGAAAGCAUGGAAUGCCCACAGAAUUCCAGGAAAGGGGAUACCAAAUCUCCUCUGUGGUCAAGGAUGCCCGGCAAAGGUCUUGGAAGACAACCUACCUAUUGGUGAAAUUGCAGCAGACCUCUACCAGCAGGAAGUGGGGACAGCACUGACCAGAGAAGCUGUGUUUGGCACAGACCCUUUUUCCAAUGAGGAAGCCCGCAGAAAUGCUGAAAGCGAGUUUGCAUCACACUUUGAUCCCUUGUCACUUUUGCACAGUGCAGUCAACAACAAUUUCAGCCCAUUUCAGAAUGCACUUAGGUGUCUUAUUGAUAUCACUAGACAACAUGCUGCUUAAGAGUAAUGUUUGCUUCCUUAACAUUAGUCCUGCAAUUUCAGGAUUGUAAUACACUGCUUUGUCUUGCCAUUUACCAUGUCUUUGAUGGUUGAGCAGAAGGUUCUUAUGAAAGAUGCACAAUCCAAACAAUGAUGCUCAGAAAUAAACAUUUAUUAUCAAAGGCCAAAGGAAAUAUGCAUUUUAUAUGAAUUGUUUUAUUCAGUAACCACUCUAGUUUAGGCCUCUGUACUCUGAACAGUCCAAACAACGAUGUCCAAAAAUAAACAUUUAUUAAGAACGAAAAGUAAGAGGCCAGUAGCAGCUCACAAAAUUAGGCCUCUGCAGUCUUAAAAAAUAACAGCACUGCAGAGAGACCCAGUGUCUCAUGUAUAUUUUCACUAAAA